UACUACCCGAUGCGGAGUCUUUAAUGUUACGAAGUCGACUGGCUGAUCUGAAGCUGCUCUCAACAGGCUGUCUCUGGAAGUAUCAAGAGAGGCCUGACUACCGACUAGUGGACCAUGGCGUCCCCCAGGCUGAAGUACCUGUCCCUGGGCGUUCUGGUGUUCCAGACCACGUCGCUGGUGCUCACCAUGCGGUACUCCCGCACCCUGCAGGGGGACGGCCCGCGGUACCUGGCCUCCUCCGCCGUGGUGGUCGCAGAGCUGAUGAAGAUCGUGGCUUGUCUUCUGCUCGUCUUAAAGGAACACAACUACAGCCUUCGAGCCCUCAACAGCAUCCUUCGCCAGGAAAUCCUCCACAAGCCCAUAGACACCCUUAAACUGGCGGUUCCGUCCGGGAUCUACACCCUGCAGAACAACCUGCUCUACGUGGCGUUGUCUAACCUCGACGCUGCCACCUACCAGGUGACGUACCAGCUGAAGAUCCUCACCACGGCGCUGUUCUCGGUGUCCAUGCUGGGCCGCCGGCUGGGCGUGUACCAGUGGCUCUCGCUGCUCAUCCUCAUGGCCGGCGUCGCUCUGGUCCAGUGGCCCUCGGAGACCACAGGAGCCAAGGAGACGGAGGCCCCGGCGACGGGGACCCAGUUUGUGGGCGUGGCGGCCGUGCUGGUGGCCUGCUGCUCCAGCGGCUUCGCGGGCGUCUACUUCGAGAAGAUCCUGAAGGAGAGCAAGCAGAGCGUCUGGGUCCGCAACAUCCAGCUAGGGUUGUUUGGCCUGGUGUUUGGGCUGUUUGGGAUGCUGGCCUACGACGGUGAGCGCGUGAGCGAGUCCGGAAUGUUCCAGGGGUACAACGGCAUCACCUGGACCGUGGUGGCGCUGCAGGCGCUGGGCGGUCUGGUCAUCGCGGCGGUCAUCAAGUACGCCGACAACAUCCUGAAGGGCUUCGCCACCUCGCUGUCCAUCAUCCUCUCCACCCUCAUCUCCUACUUCCUGCUGCAGGACUUUGACCCCACCAGCGUCUUCUUCAUGGGAGCAUUGCUGGUUAUCGCGGCCACCUUCCUGUACGGAUACGAGGGGAAGACCGCACCCAACCCCAGCAGAGCAUAGCGGACACACGCACAGACACUCUCCAGAGGAACCGAAGGGCGUCCUACACUAGAAAAGAGAGAGAGAGAGAGAGAGAGAGAGAGAGAGAGAGAGAGAGAGAGAGAGAGAGAGAGAGA